AAACAGAUGAAGUGUUCAUGCCAACUACGAUCACUAUGUUCAAUGACAUCAAUCGAAAUCCAGAGCUGCGUAAACAAAUCUCAUUCACCAAAAGCAUGAAAUCAGAUGAUGUAGAAGACCUACUAAAAAAGACCUUCCCUGUUCUUGCUAAUACCGAAAGGAUCCAUCCAAGGGAUGUUGUUGAGUCUGUGAUUUCACUGAUGGAUGGUUUUGAGGUCUUGAAGAGUGAAGAAUACGAUGUUGACAAUUUGUGACUUGCUCUCUAGUUACAUGUAAUUAUUUCCUUUGAGUGAAUUAUUAAUUAGAAGCCUUUGUUUACUGUGUGUCUAUACAUGUAUAUCUAACUGAUGAAACACAGUACAUAGCUGUUCAAGAUAUUUUUGUCCUUACCUGUUUUAAUUUUGUUGACUGUGACAUUUUCAAUGGUACAAAAAAUUCUACUGUUUCAAAGACUGGACUGUUAAUAUAAGGAGACAUAAGAAACAAAAUCCUCAAUUAAUUUUGUCUUUUAUUUUUGUAAACAACUUCCAUAUGCAGAUUUUAUUGUGCAAAAGCAGUUCAGAAAGAAAAACUUGACUUCUGUGGAGAGCGCCGUGUUUGGAGUGGAGAAGUCCUGAACCGGGAGAUAAAGGGACACAGUGUGUUGUACAUCUACU